AUGAGUUCAAAUGUUGGCCUCACCACUCCUCGUGGGAGUGGAACGUCCGGAUAUGUCCAGCGCAAUUUAUCUCUCUUAAAACCCCGCGAUCCGAACUACGCAGUUCCGCCUGCAGCAUAUGGCGAUAAUGGCCCCAGCGAUGCUGGAUUUAAGCAGAGGCAGCCAGACAAACAAAUUCUCGAACAUGACCGGAGGAGAGCUAUUGAAGUUCAGAUCAUAGAAGAAAGAGACAGGCUGGAGGAAGAAAACGAGAAAAUCGCAGAAGGGAAUAAAAAGCUUGCAUCGAAGAAUAAGACGGAUUCAGAUGAUACUGAGAAAAGUGACUCUAAGUCAGAAGCUCGAGGAAGGCGAGUCGAGUUAACCGAGGAAGAGAUUGAGGAGAGACUUGAUAAGCUCCGUGAGAGGCUUACGAAUGAACUAGACGAUGAGUUGGCUGGCAAGCACAAGCCAGGGCCCUCCCGGGAUGUGAGACACAGAGACCAAUCCGGUUACGAACCAUAUCCCUCAAGGCAACGGCGGCCAAAUGGCCAUGAGGAGAAAAGUGGCUAUAAAGGCCGCAAACAGUUUAAAACCUACCAAGUUCACGAGCAGGCCGAGGCUAAAAUUCAAGAAAGUGAACGGCUACGAAAGGCCCUUGGCAUACGGGGAGAAGGCGAAGAAACCCCUUGGGAUUCUGGCCGUCGUGGGGAUCGUGAAAGAGGAGGUAGAGAUCGCUAUGCUGAUAGAGACUCAGGCCGACGGUGGUAG